GUUAAGAGGGAGGUUGAAUAUUGGGGGACGAGGGAAUAUGAGAGUGUAUGUGAGUGAGAGGGAGUGGGAUAGAAAGACAGAAUGGAGAGUCACAGGAGUAGCUAGAGUAAGUAAGUGGAACAUAAAGAGAAAGGGAGGAGAGUGAUGGAGUAAGAUCAACCUACCAGCUGUAGAGAGAGCGAGCAGGGUUGUUUGAAUGAGCCACAGUGGCGAAGGAGAGUGUGUGUGUGUGUGUGUGCGAGGGAUAGAUAGAUAGAGCUGUUGAGGGGGUAGGGUAGGUGAAAGGGUGUGUGUCUGAGAGAGAGAGAGGUUGUCAGACCCCCAUCGAAGUAGAGGCUGCUGCUCAGUGCAGUUGCUCUGGGUCCCAUUGAUACCCAUUUGUAGAGUGGGAAGAGCUGAAAAUGUAAUUUUGAAAGGAGAAAAAAAACAUGUUUUCUUUUUUUUCUCUCUCCUUAUUUUUCCUUCUGGAUCUUUACUCAUCUCCAAUCUGGUCCUCCUUGCUCUCUUUGUGGUUGUAUGAAGGAGGUCACUGCGGAUACAAAGUAACGGAGCACAGUCCAAACAACACUGUAGAAGCAUGUUUUUGGGGGUGAAAACGAUGUCGCACGGGACAACCAUGUCACGUUGCAACAAUAGCAAUGUCACCCGGCCCUCUCUGCAGUGACCCUGCACAGCAAAGGAUGCUGGGAAAUAACAAACACUAUUAUCCCGGGGAGGACGACAAGGAUGGGGAGGAUGAGGAAGAGGAAGAGGAGCAGGGACAAGAUAACAACAAGGGGGAUGGUAGAGAGAAGGAGAAUGGAGGGAUGGAAGGGCUCGAGGAGAUUGAGAUGAAGGGAGGCAGACAAUCACGCGAAGGGAAAGGGGAGGGAGGUAAACCCUCAGCCAUUGUGGUUGGAAGGCAGAGAGGGGACCGGACACUGAGGCCAGACAAUCCAGGAAAUAGAGGCAUCCCUUAUACGUCCAAUCAGGCCCCUCAUAAGCAGCAGCACCAGCAGCAGUAUCACCCUGCCCCAUCCACUCAGACCCAGAAAAGACGUGCUCACAUGGAGCGCAGUAUGACCACAGUGGCACCCAUAGAGGACACUCGACUGACCAUGAUGGUGUUCCGCAUUGGAAUCCCUGACAUCAAACAGACAAGGUGUCUGCAGUUUGACCCUGACUUCACAGUUUGGAGUGCCAAGCAGGAGGUCAUCUGUUCGCUGAGCGAGCCACUGUGGGACGUCUAUAACUAUGGCCUCUUUCAGCCCGCCGGAGACGGAUGCGAUGCCAUGUUCCUGGAGGAGGAGCGCUGCCUCCGAAACUACCCACAGUCCUUUGAGAAAGGGGUGCCUUACCUGGAGUUUAGGUACAAGACCAGGGUAUACAAACAGACAAACCUGGAUGAAAAACUACUUACAAAAUUGCACACCAAGGUGAGUCUGAAAAAGUUCAUGGACUACAUUGCAAGUGGAUCAAUAGAUAAGAUGUCAAAAGCCCUGGAAAAAGGUCUCGACCCAAACUACCAUGACCCUGACAACGGAGAAUCCCCACUGACUGUGGCGGUGCAGUCUGGCAUGACAGUGGAGGGGAUCAGGGUGCUCGUUCAGGGUGGGGCCCAUGUGGACUUUAGAACCAGAGAUGGACUGACAGCUGUACACAAGGCUGUCAGGGCACACAAUCACGUUGCACUGCUGGCUCUUCUGUCCCUGGGAGCAUCUCCUAACUACAAGGACCGAUGUAGCCUGACCCCACUGUACCACUCAGUGCUGACAGGUGGUGACACCUCCUGCUGCGAGACCCUACUCUACUACAGGGCCAGACUGGGAGUGAGGGAUGAGAAUGGCUGGGAGGAGUCUCACCAGCUCAGGGAUGAAGAGGAAUUUGGAAUGCAAGAGAUACACAAGGCCUGCCAGAAUGGUUUUGCCCAGCACUUGGAGCACCUUCUGUUCUAUGGGGCAGAUACCACUUCUCAGAAUGCCUCAGGGAACACCGCACUUCAUAUUUGUGCUCUGUAUAAUAAGGAAAGCUGUGUUCGUGUUCUGCUCUACAGAGGGGCCAGUAAGGAAAUUAAGAACAAGCAUGGACAAACCCCCUUUCAGGUAGCAGUAAUGUCGGGCCAUUUUGAACUUGGGGAAAUCCUCAAAAACCACAGAGAUGCAGAUGUAGUGCCCUUUCUGGAAUCCCCAAAGUAUGCUCCCAAAAGAGGAGAGAGUGCACGCACGCUCCCUCUCCUCAUGGCUCACCCCUACCCCCUCCUGCGUGCUAACAGUGACAACAGCAUGACCCUGCCUGACCCCAUGGCCCUAUCCAACAAGGCUGCUGGAGCCAAUCCCAUCCCUGGAAAGGGUCGCAGGGCCUCUGAGGGUGUGAGGAGCUCCAGCAGUCCCAGGGCCCGUACCCGCUCCCCGUCGCGAGGAGGAGGGCAGAGCGACACGGAGGAGAGGCAUCAAAGCAAACCACAGCGCGGCAGACAGGGUGCGACCUCAGCGGGUAGUGGCGGGUGGUCAGCUGGGGGUCAGAUGAGGCAUAUGUACAGUGCGGUCCCAGGGCGAGUGUACAUGGCCACGAGGGCCUACACUGCCCACGGAGACAAAGAGCUCAGCAUCAGCAAAGGAGACAAAGUCAAAGUGUUGAGUGUUGGAGAGGGGGGGUUCUGGGAGGGCACAGUGAAAGGUCGUACAGGCUGGUUCCCCUCAGAUUGUGUGGAGGAGGUGGGUCCUCCCAGUAAGGACAAUCGAUCAGAGACGCGCAGUGAGAAAGCCAAGAGGAAGCUGUUUCGUAAUGUCACCAUGGGAGCAUAUGAUGGCGUGGAUGGCCCCAGUGACUACAUCAUUAAGGAGAAGACAGUGCUCCUGCAGAAGAAAGACAAUGAGGGCUUUGGCUUUGUGCUUCGGGGAGCCAAAGCCCAGACUCCUAUAGAGGAGUUCACGCCGACCCCAGCAUUCCCCGCGCUGCAGUACCUGGAGUCUGUGGAUGAGGGCGGUGUGGCCUGGAGGGCUGGCCUAAGGAUGGGGGACUUCCUUAUUGAGGUCAAUGGUCACAAUGUCGUGAAGGUGGGCCACAGGCAGGUGGUCAACAUGAUCAGACAAGGUGGCAACACUCUGAUGGUCAAGGUUGUCAUGGUGGCCCGCAACCCGGAGAUGGAGGACACCAACCCCAGGAAGAAAGUCCCCCAGCAGGCUAAGAGGCUGACUCCUCCUGCCAUUGCCCUGCGCUCCAAAUCAAUGACAUUAGAGCUGGAAGACAUGGUGGAGAAAGCUGCCUCUCCAUGGAAAAAGAAAGCAGAGCACGAGUCCUCCCAGGUGCCUGAUAAGAAGAGGACAGUCUAUCAAAUGGCACUAAAUAAACUGGAUGAGAUCCUGGCAGCAGCUCAGCACACGAUUGCGUCAGACGGACAAGGGCAGCGGGGUCACGGGGGGAAGAGAGAACGAACCAAGAGCAUCGCCCCCAAUGAGCCAAGUCAUGACCAGCUGGUUGGUGUAAUGCCGCCUGGCUUCAACCAGGGUCAGUAUCCCCCCGGCCAUUCGCAUGGAGUAAUGUUGCGACAGAAAUCUAUUGGUGUGACGGAGGAGGAGAGGCAGUCCCUCCACACCCCGGCUAUGAAACUGGCCCGUAGCCUGUCGGAGGACAUCCCCCCUCCCCCCAGCACAUCCGCCCCAGAACCCCCCUUGUCUGCUGGACCCCACACUGCUCGGAGGGGGGAGCAGUCUGCCCCCCAGCCACUGUCCUCCCAGGCCCAGGCCCACUACCAGGCCCUCUCCACCCAACAACAGGCAGCGCAUGAUGCCCAGGCAGGUUGGGACAGUCAACAGCACGGCAUGACCACCACCCUCCAGAGAGGAGGACAACACACAGGGGAUCCCACGGAGGGGACGAGGAGAGGAGGGGGAAAAAUGGGGGCAUUGAGGAGGGGCUACAGUAGUGCUACUCCACCUACAAGUGCAGCUCCCACAACUCAACAGCAACCCCAGCAGCAACAGCAGCCCCAGCAACAGCAAGUGGCGGCCCGGGAGAGGAUCGGCGGGGCAAGCAGGGGCGGGGGAGUCAGGAAGGGCGGGAGGGGCCCUCUAGUGAAGCAGCCCACAGUGGAAGGUGGGCUCGGCAGGCACCACAGAGGGGGGCAAGGCCAGGGGGGUAAAAGCUCCGGGGCCAAAGAGAAGAGUUCCAUCCCCAUCCCCACCAUCAUCGUCAAGGCUCCAUCCACCAGCAGUGGCAGUGGCCGCAGCAGCCAGGGCAGCAGCAUGGAUGCCGAGCAACCGCCUCCCGACAUAGACGACCCUACCUCCCCCCCUGCCUCUCCCGACACCUCCACCACCCCUGGCCCGCCUUCCACCGUGGCCCCCUCACCACCCCAGUCCCCUGUCUCCUCCCCCAUGACCCCUUCGACUGUCGCCCCCCAGCUGCCCCCUAACCUGGAGAACCUGGACUUCACCACCCAGUUCGGGGGGGCCUUCGUAGGGGCAGCGCGCCGGGACCGGGAACGUUUCCGUGACAUGAGGAGGAAGAGUGCUUCCUUCUUCCUCUCCUCUGAAGAGGAUGUCCAAGGGGAGGCGGGGGGAGGUGGAGGGGUAUGGACCCAGCCCCUACAGGGGAUGGGGAUGGAUGUCCCCACCCCCCGCCUCCGCCCUUCCAAGUCGAUUGACGAGGGCAUGUUCUCUAGGGACAAUUACAUCCACUACGCCAGCAGUAUGCCCCCUGCCUUUGGGCUACCUGAGUACCACUCCCCUGUGAUGGGCCAGGAUGGCCAGCCCAAGUCCGCUCCCUCCAACUACGGCCCAGGCACUCCAGCCACCACCUUCAUCCACCCUCUUACUGGGAAAGUCCUGGACCCCUCGUCCCCCCUGGGCCUGGCGCUGGCUGCACGAGAGAGGGCCCUCAAGGACGACCGGAGGACCCGACGGGAGGAGCGGCACUUUGGCCGGCAGAUGUCCAGCGUGGGGGUGUUCCCUACAUCUCUCCCGUCUCCCACGCCAUCCCUGUUUUCCACAUCCACCACCACCACCUCACACGCCUCACUGAACCGCCCACAGUCACCAAGGAUAUUACGCUUGGGAGGGGGAGGAGAGAGAGUGGAGAGGGACCAGGCGGCUGGAGCCAGAGAGGGCCUCAGAGUUCGCUUUUCAGAGGACAGAACCAAUCAGUACCAGACCCAAUAUUACCAACAGAGUCCAAGAGACAGGGAGCCACCUGGCCCACCCAUGCAGCCGCCCGGCCCGCCGCCUCAGCCUGCACCCCGCAGACCCUCGUUCCUGCAGAUGGAGAGCAGUGCAAACGCUAGCUACAUCCCCCAGUACACCCUCACCGCAGCCCCAGCACACCCACAUGAAGGUGGGGGAGAGGGAGGAGUUGGAGGGGGGCUGGGGCUCAUGGUUCUUCCCCCGCCUGCACCCUCGAUAGAUUUGGACGAUGAGUUUGUCUUUGUUGACCCCCUGCCCCCUCCCUUGCAGUUCGCCAAUGGCCAAGGCCAGCGAGAAAUGCAGAGGGGGUACCCUCAACAGCAUCAACACUCAGCUCAACACGUCUCUUCCGCCAUGCCACCCCCACCGCCCCCCCUCCCCUCUCCUAAAGUACCUACACCAGGAGGCUUCCCCUCCAACGCACCCCUCCCCUCCCCCCAGGCCGGGGACUCUGCCGCCUCCAGCCUCACAUCCUACGACAGCGAGGUGGCCAACCUCACCCAGUCAGGUCUAUCUCCAUCCCUUCCCUCACCCCAGAUAUUCCCCCCUUCCUCCACCACUACAGCCACCUCCAUUUUACCCGCACCCGCACCCUCACUCUACAGACCCCAGCCCAUGUCGCAUACACACCCCUUCUUCAGUGACCCCACCGUACCAGUUAACCCCGCUAAUAUGGGUGCCCCUGCUCCCCAAAUGACCUCAGCACAGUACCGCGGCCCGGCCACCCUCACUACAACUAUGACCUACGCCACAACAACGACCAUGACCGCCGCCGCCACUGCUACCACAGCCUCUGUGGUGUCGUCAGACUACAACGCGUCUCUGAAAGCCCCCAGAACCGCCAUCAAUACUGCAGGCAAGGCAGGAGACCACCACCCCUCCAUGAUGAAGACUGGAGACUGGCAGACAGAGACGGUGGUGGACUCUGGGAUCGAGGAGCUGGACAGCCACAACAGCGGCGACCAGCACCUGGAAAUACUGGGAGUGAGUGAACUUACAGGUGAGAGAGGAGGAGGAGGAGUAGAAGGGGACGGAUGGGGUGGCGAGCACCCAGAUCCUUAUAUGACCUACUCAGGCGGGCAAGAGUUUGAAGCACACCCCACCAAACACACGACCAAACCAACCGUGUAUCCAAAGACGAUGCAGUACAAAGAGGGCGGUAUCAAGGACACAAGGGAAGCGUUGCGUCGACAGGUGAGCACCAACCCGCCCUACCAGAACACCCCACCACACCCCCAGAGACAGGCUAACCCAGAGGAGGAGGCCAGGAGAGGAGAGGGAGGAGCAGCGGACGAGAGGAAACAACGUAGACAGAGUCGACCCAAGAUGGAGGACGGCUUCGGUUCCACCCUGGCUGCCUGUCUGGAGCGGCCCAACACCUUGGAGCCAAGGGGUUCAUCCGAGGGGGUCGACCCGGGACAGGGCCUGGAGAGAGGUGAGGCCCAGAGGGAUGGGAUGUCUAUUGAGGGGCGCAGGCUGCACUCGCCACUCUCGGGGAUGAAGGCCAGCAUCAUCAACGAGCUGAGCUCCAAGCUUCAGCAGAUGAGCAAUAAGAGCACAGACGACUGGGGUCAGUCUGAGAUGCGAGGUCAGAGUCCCAUUAGUCUGAGGUCACCCACAAUGCACAGAUAUUCUGGGGAUUUCUCCGCCUCGUUUCAGAGCCCCCCCACAGCCCGCUCCACUUCCCCCUUACCCACCUCCUCCCCGCAGCAUCGGCCGCCAAUCCUCACUCCCAAUCUCACCGCCACCCCCUCCGGCUCGCCCUCCCACCAGCCCACGCUGCAGCCCAACUGGACCCGCUCCCCCUCUCCCCAGAUACCCACCUCCCCCUCUCACUUCUCUCACCCUCCUCUCUCCCCCACCUACUCACCCUAUCCCACGUCACCCAAACACCGCACUAAGUAUCGUGGAGCCAAGAUUUUUGACUUCCAGUGUACCCCUGGUCCAGAGCUGAGGUCGUCUGUGUCACGCCGGCGCGCCCCCAGCCCCCUCAUAUACUCCACAGACCGCCCCAGCCCCGCCCCUCCCAGACCCUCCUCCCUCCCCAUCCUCCCCAGCACCCAUGUCUACAACACCCCCUUUGAUUUCCCCUCUCCCCUCACCCCUUCAUCCCCAAGCCACACCCUAGGAGACUCUUACAACCCCUCCACACCGCCUCUCUUCCCCACAUCCCCACAACCUCCCAGUGCCCUCCUGGUCUCCCGCUCCCUUUCACCCACCCAGUUCCUCUCCGGCGCCUCCUCGCCCUCCAUGCACAUGCCCCCCUCUCCGUCCUGCCACAGCUAUCCCCACCACACCCCUCCUCCCCCAGCCAAACCCUUUACCAUCAAGCCCCUGUCCUACUGGACUAGGUGGGACGUGGCCGACUGGCUGGCCUACCUAAACCUGGGGGAGCACCGGGAGCGCUUUCUGGACAACGAGAUUGACGGCUCCCACCUGCCCUCCCUCACCAAGGACGACUUCCUGGACCUGGGGGUGACGCGCGUCGGCCACCGCAUGAACAUCGAAAGAGCGCUGAAGACACUGACUGACAGGCUCUUCUCUCCCAUGCAUGAGCCUAGCCCCUCCCCUGUGCCACAGACUGAGAGAGUGAAAGAUGAGGUGACUCAGAGCUCAGAGAAAGACAGAGAAACAAACUGACUGAGAUGAAAGCUAAAGAAGACCAUUGGAUACAAACAGACUGAGUUGGACCUCAGACAGGAAGCGAUCGUGAUGGACAAGGCUUAAACAUGCCAAGAGAGAUUUGGUAUGAGUGGAAUACAAUUGUUUGGAAUCUUUCUUGAGAUGAACAUCGAUUACACAUGUUGGUCAAAAGAGGGUAGAAACACUUACGACACACGCUCAUGUCUAAAACUAUACAAUUUACACACACUGUACAACUACUGAUGAAUAGGCUUUUAAUUCACACAUGGACACACACAGACAUUUGACUGGUGAUUCUCACACUCCAUUUGCUGCCUGAGUUAGUAAAAGUAAAAGAAGAAAUGCUAACAGAAAUGCUAACAAGAAUCUUGAGAUUGGAGUGCUGCUACCCAUACAGAGAGGGUAAGCCCAUGGAUAUACUAAAGGUGGUGGUGAAGUUCCUCUAAUAAACAGUGAGGGCCAUAUUCAAACCUGUCCUGAGGUUCAUGCGCACACAUUGACUUUACACGUAUUGCAUCAUGGGAUUGGAAGCUAUGGUUGGAAUGUAUAAACUUCAGAAUAUGGUCAUAAUAUGGAAAGAUACAUUCAUUGGUUUUGUACCAAGUGCUGAUUGCAAUCAUUCAUUUCAAAUAGGUCAGGGUGUUAUUGAUAUUUAAUCAUUCAAAUGUGUGUUUAAUGACAAAUACUCUAAAAUAUACAAAGCAUAUAGUCAUAAAAUGGUUAUUAUCUUUACAAAGGCUGGCUGGAGUAUGUCAGAGAGGGGCAAAGGGGAGUAAAAUCUGGGUUUGUUUUUCCCUGAGACACGGC